AUGGCAGACGGCGGUGAUUGUGGUAGCGCAAGCUAUAGUUCUGGUGACUGUGGCGGCGGCGACUCCGGCGGUUGCAGCACAUCCCAUACCGCAGGUGACGGAGGUGACGGCGGCAGCUACUCAGGCGGAGAUUCAGGAACCGAUUACAUCCCACAAGGCUCCUCCUCGUCCAGCCGACCAUUGACAGCCGAGGAGCAAGCGGCAGCGGACCGCAAACGCAAAGAACAAGAAGAACAGUGGGAGCGUGAGAGAGCGGAACGCAAAGAGAAGAAGCGACAACGAAGGGCAGUCCGAGCCGAGACCGCUACUGCAGUCAAAGCGAAGCGCCACGAGGCGGCUAAGCUGAAGGAGAAGAUUCGCGAUUGCGGAACGACAUCUGGAGAUCGCGGAGCCGAUUCAAAAGGCGAUACUGGAGGUGACUGUGGUGCUGAUUCAGGGAAAGACUGUGCCAACAAAGAACCUGAUCCGACUGAACGAGAAUACAAGUACACCGACUUCGCCGCUACACCCCAGACAGACACUGCCGGUCCUUCCACCUCGUCGCAGUCGAAGACACAACCCGAUACUAGCACACCAGAAGAACGACAGCAACGAGAAGAGCGUAUACAAGCAAGGACACAGAAGAAGGAGAAGAGAAAGGAACAGACGAAGAAGUUCCUGAACAGCGCCAAAGCUGUUGCUGAGAACAUCAUCAAGGGUAAGUUUUGA